GCGGCUAUUCCUAGUCAGCCUUCACCUUUCCUAGUCAGUAAAAACAUCCCUACCAGAGGGUACAGUUUCCUCAGUUCCUGGCAAGAGCUAAGAGAAGGCGAAAAAGCGCCACCGAAGCAGCACAAGGCAUAAGCAGGCUAAAUAACAAUAAAGCAGGAUAGCAUUUUGCCCCUACUUGCUUGGAAUUUAGGGCAAAGAGCUCGCGGGAUCUACAUAAGGCAAAGCCAAUUCUUGUUUGUAGUAUGCACUGUGAAGGGAGAAGUCCCUCCUCAAGAACAUAGCAGAAUUUCCAGCUGAAGAAAAGCACAGGUGACAAUGGAGGAGACGACAAAAAAGAAGUCAUUAUUGAUACUAUAUGCUUCGCAGACCGGAAAUGCAAUUGAUGCGGCCGAAAGAUUGGGCCGCGAAGCUGAGCGUCGAGGCUGUCCUGCACUAGUAUUAUCAGUUGACGAAAUUGAACCCACUUCUCUGCCUAAUGAGGACUUGGUGAUUUUUGUUGUUUCAACUACUGGCCAAGGAGACACUCCAGACUCCAUGAAGGUGUUCUGGAGGUUCUUGUUGCAACGUAAUCUUAGCCAAAGUUGGCUUAAAGGAGUUAAGUAUGCCGUGUUUGGGUUGGGUUGUUCUAGCUAUCAGAAAUAUAAUUAUGUUGCGAAGAAGCUUGAUAAGAGACUCUUGGAUCUCGGGGCCAUUCCGGUUAUUGAAAAAGGCCUGGGAGAUGAUCAACACCGUUCUGGGUAUGAAGGGGCUCUAGACCCUUGGAUAGCCACUUUGUGGAAUGCGUUGCACCAAAAUUAUCCUAUGAUAUUCCCAAAUGGUCUAGACUAUGAGACAUCACGUUUAGAGCUGAUGGAUCAACCUAAAAUAAAGAUUACAUAUCAUGAUGUUAAUGAUGCUGAUGUCAAGACAAAACUAGCAGUUGCAGAUCUGGGUUUUGUUGAGAUGCAGAUCAGCAGAGCUCGCUCAAUGUCCCCAGGAACACUUUUUGAAAAAACAACUCGCCCAGAUUGCUUUCUAAGAAUGGCAAAAAAUGACCAACUAUGUAAAGCAGGUUCUGGGAAAGAUGUACGCCACAUUGAACUGGAACCUGUUUCAUCUUCAAUCCAGUAUGAAGUUGGUGAUAUUCUUGAAGUUCUACCUGGACAAUGUGCUGCUUCAGUCGAUGCUUUUAUAAAGCGCUGCAAUUUGAACCCUUACUCAUAUAUCACAGUGCAUGCUAGAGAUAAAGACCAAAAGCUUGCUAAUAAGUCAAUAAGUAGUAUUGAUCUCCCUGUGCAGCUAAGUACUUUUGUAGAGGUUUCUAUGGACAUUGCAUCAGCCACUCCGCGGCGCUAUUUCUUUGAGAUCAUGAGUCACUUUGCCACAUCUGAACACGAGAAGGAGAAACUUCAGUAUUUCGCUUCAUCUGAAGGAAGAGAUGAUCUGUAUCAGUACAACAGCAAGGAAAGGAGAACGGUACUGGAGAUAUUGGUUGAUUUCCCUUCCGUUCAAAUGCCAUUUGAAUGGUUAGUUCAAUUGGUACCUCCAUUAAAAAAAAGAGCUUUUUCCAUCUCUUCCUCUCCAUUGGUUCACCCUAAUCAAGUGCAUCUAACUGUGAGCGUGGUCGCAUGGACAACACCUUAUGGAAGGAAGGUGAAGGGUCUUUGCUCUUCUUGGCUAGCUGGACUUGAUCCUCAAGGAGACCUUAUACCAGCAUGGUUUCAUAAAGGUUCUCUUCCUCCACCGCCACCCUCACUCCCUCUCAUUCUUGUGGGACCGGGGACUGGGUGCGCACCUUUCCGUGGGUUCAUAGAGGAAAGAUCUCUCCAGAGUAUAUCUUCCGACAACAAUUCUGCUCCAGUCAUCUUCUUCUUUGGUUGUAGAAAUGAAGAAAACGACUUCUUGUACAGAGAUUUUUGGGAGUCUCAUUCACAGAAAGGCAAAGUCCUGUCCGAAGAAAAAGGAGGAGGCUUCUUUGCUGCUUUCUCGAGAGACCAACCUCAGAAGGUUUAUGUGCAGCACAAAAUGAAAGAGCAAAGUGCAAAGGUGUGGAAACUGUUGGCCAUGGGAGCCGAUGUCUAUGUUGCUGGCUCUGCAAGUAAGAUGCCCUCUGAUGUUCUUUCGGUAUUUGAGGAAAUUGUGUCAAAAGAAAGUGGGGUUUCCAGGGAAGAUGCGGUGAAGUGGCUUCGAGCGUGGGAAAGGAAUGGUAAAUACCAUGUUGAAGCUUGGUCUUGAGCUCUCUGCUCAUUUCCCGGAUUUUGUACUAUCUUAUUAGUUUUAUUCUUGCUAUUACUUCACCAAUUCUUGUGUAGCCUAUUUACACAACAACAGCUUCCCUGCAUCAAGGCUGUAUAUUUUUUUUCUCAAGAAAAUCAAGCUAUUUUUUAGUACAUAUAAUAGAUGAAAAAGAACACAGAAAUGUUUAAGAGCCAUGUAUACGAUUUUACAGGCAUUCACUAAUUAAUUAAGUUUUGAACAAUGUAUUUUAUUGUUCAAUAUUUUUAUGAUUUUUGUUAUUCAUGUAAGUCUGUAAAUCUGUAUUCUCUGAACUCGCCAAUAAAUAUUUUUAUGGUUUUUGUUCAA